GGGUGGGGGCGGCCGGCGCCGGCGCACGCCGCCACCACGCUGGUCGGCGGGCUGGUGCCGCCGCGGGAGCCAACCACGGCGGCGGAAGCGUUCUGGAAGAUGCCACACAAAGACGAGCUCAUGCAUAGCGCCGCGAUGGGCGGAGGGGCGCUCUUCGGGUGCUCCUCCGCCGGCCACAGCGGGAUCAACCAGCUCGGAGGGGUGUACGUCAACGGGAGGCCGCUGCCGGACUCCACGAGGCAGAAGAUCGUGGAGCUGGCGCACUCGGGCGCGCGGCCCUGCGACAUCAGCCGCAUCCUGCAGGUCUCCAACGGCUGCGUGUCCAAGAUACUCGGCAGAUAUUACGAGACGGGGUCGAUCAAGCCCCGCGCCAUCGGGGGUUCGAAGCCGCGGGUAGCCACCACCCCGGUAGUGUCCAAGAUCGCCGACUACAAGCGGGAGUGCCCGUCGAUCUUUGCGUGGGAGAUCCGAGAUCGUCUGCUGAGUGAGAACGUGUGCAAUAAUGACAAUAUACCUAGCGUCUCCUCAAUAAACCGAGUACUCCGCAACCUAGCGUCGCAGAAGGAACAAGCGGCGUCUGCGCAAAACGAUAGCGUGUAUGAGAAGUUACGAAUGUUCAACGGCCAGGCGGCGACGGGGUGGUGGUAUCCUGGACUACCUGCGCCCGCGCCGACGUUGCCAGCGCCGCUGCCGCCCCAGCUGAACCGGCCGAGCAGCGAGGAGCAUAAGAGAGAACAUCUCCCCACAGCGGACGCGCUGCCAUCCGAAGCUGGUUCGGACGGGAACAGCGAACACGCCUCCUCGGGAGACGAGGACUCGCAGAUGAGGCUACGGCUCAAGAGGAAGCUCCAGAGGAACAGGACGUCCUUCACGAAUGACCAGAUAGACAGCCUUGAAAAAGAGUUCGAACGAACGCACUACCCCGACGUGUUCGCGCGGGAACGACUGGCCGAAAAGAUAGGAUUGCCUGAGGCACGUAUCCAGGUGUGGUUCUCAAACCGGCGGGCGAAAUGGCGAAGGGAAGAGAAACUAAGAAGUCAACGGCGGGACGCACCAGCUGCAUCACCGCCCGCACCGCCAGCACCGCGUCUACCACUCAACGGGGGCUUUAACUCAAUGUACAGCCCGAUACCGCAACCUAUCUCAACGAUGAGCGAUACCUACAGCUCAAUGUCUGGCGGUCUCUCCUCCUCCUGCCUGCAACAGCGCGACGGCGGGUACCCGUACAUGUUUGGCGACGUGCUCGGCAACGGCGGGUACGCUAGAGCGCCGGCCGCGCACCAACACGCGGCGUACAGUCAGCCCCAAGCCGCCGCUAGCACUGGUGUAAUAUCUGCGGGAGUCUCCGUCCCCGUCCAAAUACCAUCGCAGGGGCCCGACCUCGCCUCAAACUACUGGGGCAGACUACAGUGAUCGCAGCUCUUCGGGUUCCCGCGCCUACUGAUGCCAGAGAACCCGACAGAGCCAUCUAGCGAAAUGCCGCACAACUACGACCUCUCGAUGAACGCUCUCAACAUGACCGCGGGGCAUGACGCUAUUGAGAUGCCGGAAACUGUAUCGUAAGUCAAGAAAGCAACUGAUGAUGUUCAAAUACUAGUUUUAAGCGGCGCGCGUGGUAAACUAUGCUGAGAAAUUAAACUAGUAUUUUUUGGUAGAA